AUGUUGCAUUUCUCCAAAUUCUUACCAUUGUAUCUAGCCACAAACGUAUUGGCUCUCUUGCCUGAAGCACAUAUUGCUCGUCUGGACGAGUACAAUCAAGCCCCAGGACCCUUAUCGCUCCCCAACUUGUUAGAAGUGCAAUCUGUUGGUGAUUUGGAGAAUGCCUGGUCUCUUCAGGGUGAUAUGGAGCUCGAGGCAGGUAGGUUGGUAGUUAAGAAGAAUCUGGGAUCUAUUUGGGCACAUGAUACGUUAGAAAACUCUAAGGAUGAGUGGACAAUUGAGGUUGUUUUCAGAAAUUCCGAGCAAGUGGAAGUUGACGAUCAUCUGUUCUAUGAUACCAAUGGUUUUGCAUUCUGGCUCUUGGAUGCCUACGGGCUGAUGCUGGACGACUUCCUGAAUUUUGGUGGUCCAAAGAAAUACGAUGGAUUUCAAUUCUUGAUCAACAAUAAGGACCGGAGAGGUCUCAAGAUCUUUGCUAAUGAUGGAGAACACGAAGCCGUCAAUGUCAAGGACGCUGCAUUAGGAGGCUGUGAUAUCAACUACUUAGAUUCCAUGAUCCCUUUCACCCUUCGUGUCUCUUACUCCGCAAAGACGAAUUGGUUCAAGGUGCAGAUCGACAAUAAUUUGUGUUUCAAGACCGACAAAUUGACUUUUGGCAAUAUCCCCAGGGAAUUGAGAUUCGGUGUUUCAGCUUCCACCAAUGAAGUCUCUAAGGAGUACUGGGAGGUGUUGAAGUUGAAUGUGUACCCAUUUUUGACCGAGAAUGCUAUAGAUGACCACGGCAUCAUCACUGGUGGCUCCAUCAAACAUAUUACUGUCACCGACAAGCAGGCUCCUACGCAUACGCCACAGAUUACUAGACAAUCACUCAUGGAGAAAACUAGGCAAUUCCAGGAAAGCCUUCAGAGAGAGAGUGCAGAGAAAAAUGGAGGAAAUACACAAGAAGGCACGGCCAAUUUUGACUCGUCUUUGACUGACAUCUCCACCAAAUUGGCUAUUUUGGAAGAAAUGCUCAACAAGGUUGACAUGAGCAAGCUCGAGAACUUGGAAUCGGUGUUGGAUGAUGUGAAGAAGAUUCAAAUGCAGCAGGUGGAAGUUCUUGAUGAAAUGAAGAAUAGAUACAACAAAUUCGAGUCAUUGCUUGCUACUCUGUUCAAGGAGGUUAGUAACACCAUGUCUCUUUUGCAUGAGAGAGUCGUCAACGAAAUCAGAGAUCACCUGAAAGAGUUGAGUAUUCUCAACACAAAGGUGGAGCUGAUCUCUACCAAUCACAAGAGUUUCCAUGAUCAGUAUAAGUCUGUGACAGAAUCGCUUACUCCAAAUGAUUCUUCUGAGUUCUUUAACGUGGUACUUAAGUGGGUUUUGCUCCCUCUUGUUGUCGGAAUCGCCGUUUUGGCAACUUUUGUCUACAGAUUGAGAAAGGACAUCAAGCACCUGAAGCUUCUCUAG